CACGGAAACGGAAAUACGCGGCGGGGGUUCAGCCGGUUGGCGGGAGUUUGCCGGCGCCUCCUCAGCCCCGGUGAACGGUCGGGAGGCCGGAGCGGAGCGGCUGGGACCCCGGCCCAUCACCCGCCCCGCGGCCACAGUCCGGCCCGCUCACCGCCCCGGGCCCGAGGUGAAAGAUGCAAGCCUUUCUAAAAGGAGCCGGUGCGAUUGGCACAAAACCAACAAAAGAAAAAAGUGCAGCAGGAACCAGUGGCGAGGGCAAGAAGCAAAAAUCGGUUCCAUGGGUGGAAAAAUAUCGGCCAAAGUGUGUGGCUGAAGUUGCGUUUCAGGAGGAAGUUGUGUCCGUGCUAAAGAAGUCCCUCGAAGGAGCAGAUCUUCCCAACCUGCUUUUUUACGGACCUCCUGGGACAGGGAAAACUUCUACGAUAUUAGCUGCAGCAAGAGAACUCUUUGGACCAGAACUGUACCGCAAGAGAGUUCUUGAGCUUAAUGCUUCCGAUGAACGUGGUAUCCAGGUUGUGCGAGAAAAGGUGAAAAACUUUGCACAGUUGGCAGUAGCAGGAUCUCGUCCAGAUGGAAAACCUGCUCCUCCAUUUAAGAUCAUCAUCUUGGACGAAGCUGACUCCAUGACAAGUGCUGCUCAGGCUGCCCUUCGCCGCACAAUGGAAAGGGAGUCAAAAACCACACGUUUUUGUCUCAUCUGCAAUUACAUCAGCAGGAUAAUUGAACCAUUGACGUCUCGCUGUUCCAAAUUCCGGUUUAAACCUUUGACAGACAGUAUACAGGAAAAGAGGUUGCGUGACAUCUGUGAGAAGGAGAAUGUGCAAUGCAGCAAUGAAACAAUCAAUAUGCUCAUCAAUGUAUCAGAAGGAGACCUAAGAAAAGCAAUAACUUACCUUCAAUGUGCAACAAGACUUACUGGAGGAAAAGACAUAACCGAGCAAGUCAUCGUUGAAAUUUCUGGAACUGUGCCAACUGAUAUGAUUGAUGGUCUCUUAGCUGCUUGUCACAGUAGUUCAUUUGAGAAACUGGAAAUUGUUGUAAAGAACAUGAUUAAUGAAGGUUAUGCUGCAACACAGUUAAUCAACCAGCUGCAUGAAGUCAUCAUUGAUAACGAUGAUCUUAAUGACCAACAAAAAUCAGCCAUCACACUAAAAUUGGCAGAAGUUGACAAGUGCUUGGCCGAUGGUGCUGAUGAGUAUCUGCAGAUGAUUGCUCUUUCUGCAGUUAUUAUGCAACAAUUUACACAGAGCAGUUAAUAUGCUUUUGACUGACAAACAAAACCCAUUUCCUGUUAGUCCUAUCAAUCAGGACCCAAAAAGCCAAUUUACACUCUGAAGACCCUGACCACAUUGUUGAUAUUUUGAUCAAUUCUUUGUAUAAAGUUAGUUUGAAAUGAAAUAAUUUGUUACCUUUGACUGCUGCUUACAUAUCCAAUGCACUGAGCAAGACUUUUACUACAUGUACAAGUUAAAUCUAAAUUCUCUGCA